UAUAGGAAAACCUUUUCAUGUUUCAUUUUAUGGAGUGAAUUUUUGCGAUUACAUGUCAAAGCAUUAAAAAUGGAAGAAACGACACUUGAAUAUUCACUUUUAAAGAUUGAUGGAAAGGAAAAUAGAAAAGACGCAGUGCGUUCAGUAAAAGGAAGCGGUCGUAUUUCAGUGCAGAAGUCGACUCUCUACGUAAUCAUAAUCAUUGUAUCAGUUAGUUUCGUGGGAAGCGAAAUUCUUUGGUAUUUGAUGUACAACAGGAAUAAUAACUGCAACUUUGUCAUUCCUGAAGGAUACGAAUUAACUGCAAGAAGAAACAACCCGUCUGGCACUACAUUACCGCACACCGUACAGGAAAUGACGAAAACCUUCCAUACAGGCACUACCGAUAAACUAACGACUAUGCAAUCAGGGCAGGAAGGGACAAGUAUCAAAGGAGCUACUACCGUUUCUAAAAAACAAACAACAACAGAAUAUUCAGGUUGCCCUACCAACUGGCUGACAUAUGGACAAUCAUGCUACUACUUCAGCAAUGAAUCAGUCCGGUGGUUAGAGGCAAUGAUCCGUUGUCAACAACUAGGUGGUUACCUCGCCGAGAUAAACACUACAGCAGAAAACCAGUUUCUAAGAACAUAUGCAAAACAAAUCGAUGAUAUUGAAUGUUUUCAAACUACGUCACGUAAGUAUCAAGGUUUACAAAAUACGACGGUUUACGGUCACAUAUGCCAGCGAUGGGAUUCACAGCAACCACACAGCCACACCCGAAACAGAAUCGAACAAUUCCCGGAGAGGACAAUCGCUGAUGCUGCUAACUAUUGUCGUGAUCCAGAUGGAGAAGGGUUGCCUUGGUGCUACACCACAGACCCUGAUACAAGAUGGCAAUUUUGUGGCAUCAAUAAAUGUCCCGGUGGAAACUGGUGGGUUGGGUUGGUGGUCAUUGAAGAGAAAUGGAAAUGGAUGACUACACAAACGAAUUUAGAUAAAAGUUACACCAAUUGGGGGCAAGAUGAACCACUCAAGAGAAACAGGGGACUUUGCGGAUCGUUUAUGGGAGCUUUAGACUUUGCAUGGAAAGCUCAAUAUUGUGACUGGCCAGCUAUGUACCUUUGUGAAAAAUGAAUUAUUUUAUGAUCGCAAACAUCAUUAACUGCUGCCCGUUAUAUUACCGCUCAGAAAGAAAACAGUAUUUUGCAUCGUUUGAAGUGGGAAAAUGCGCAUUUUUCAAGUAAAAAUCCAGCUGAAAUAGAUGUGCUUGUAAAAAGGGUGGAGGAAAUUAUAGUUUUUAACCCAAUAUACAAAACUCUUCCUGUUACCAGUACAAAAUGAUAAGUUUACAAAUAUUUUUCCUUCUUUGACCGGGGCAGUCUUUUGAAGUCAAACUGCACGUAUGAGUUGCUGCCCUUCAAUUACAGAAAUCAGGAAGAUCCCUGCGUAGAAGAUUGAAGAAAAGAAUACUACAUGUAGUACAAUGUAUUAUGUUAUUAGUCCAAUUUCUUUAUUUCUAAGCAUCAGCUUCAAUUACUUACAAGGCAUUAUCGUAAACUCGUAAACUAAACACAUUUAAACGGACAGCAACCGGAAAUUGCUUUUAUAAAGCAUUCACCAGAAGCACACUAUGUACAGUAAGAUGCGCAUAAUGCCACUAUAAUCUGAAGUUUUUAAAAUGCUAGAAAAAUAUGUCAGUAACAAUAAGGUAUAUUAAAGUCUAUAACAAACUGUCA